AUGGCCCAAGAAGAAAUGAAGGUCGACGAGGGCUAUUCAGGAGGCUCCGAGGAAACGAGAAGUCUAUCCGACAGCGAUUCUACCAUGCUCAUCGAUCCCGCCGACGGCCAUGUUUCAAAGUCGUCCACACCCACACAAGAGUCGCUGCUCUCGGGCGUAUUGAGUCUACCCCCGGACCAGAGAUCCGCAUUCAUCGCCUCCCUAUUGCGACUGCUGCCCGAGUCUGAGCGAUCCGAUACCGCUUAUGCAGCCCUGCGCUCGCUGCGCACCUCGUCCAUCGCAUCCAUUGUCGAGCGCCUCAACCCUCUUCUUCAUCUCGACCCCGUAGUCUUCCUACCACCCGAAAUUACCUCUCAAAUCUUCCUCCAUCUCUCACCCUCCGAUCUGCUCCGAUGCUCAACCGCCUCCCGUCUCUGGCGCGAACGUGUUCUGGAUAGCAACCUAUGGAGGACUUUCUACGCCCGCGAAGGAUGGAUGCCAGAUACUGCCGAAGUGAGAAGUGGUGAAGCCGCUGAAGCCAGACGUCGCUUAGUCUUCUCGCGCAACACCCCUCAAAAGCCUCCUAGAAGGAAGCCUGACGGUGAGCUCGAAAGAAGUGGAAGCAUCAAAAGAGCAAAGGAAACCGUAGACGGAUGGAACGAACAACACAGCAUUCUUGAGGCCGACGAGGAUGCCAUCAAGCCAGAAUCAGAAGAUGGUGCUGCGUCGCUUUCUGCAAUGACUCUUGUCUCGGAAGCCGACUAUCUUGACAUUUCUCCCAACAUCGACCUCUCCUCGAACAUGCUGCCUCCGCUAUCUCCACCUCUCUACAACACAUACAGUAAUUCUCCACGCAUAAACUGGCUAUACCUGUACAAGCAGCGACGUCGCUUAGAAGAGAAUUGGAAUAAGGGACGCUUCAAGACUUUCCAGCUGCCGCAUCCAGAUCAUCCUGAAGAAGCCCAUAACGAGUGUGUGUACACGAUACAGCACUCGCGUGAUUGGCUUGUUAGCGGUAGUCGCGACAAGACCAUCGCUAUCUGGGAUUUGGAGACCCAAAGACGUAUAAGAACCCUUUCUGGGGCGCACAUCGCAUCUGUGUUGUGUUUGCAGUUCGAUGAGCGUCCAGAGCAAGACAUUGUGGUUUCAGGCGGAAGUGAUUCUUUUGUCGUCAUCUGGCGCUUCUCUACAGGUCGCAUUAUCCGCAAGAUGGAUGAUGCACACACCGAAUCUGUGCUCAACCUACGUUUUGACGACGAUUUGCUCAUAACAUGCUCCAAGGACAAGACUAUCAAGAUCUGGAAUCGCAGAGAAGUCUUCGUUGACAACGACAUUGUUCCAGCAGUUGCAAAACGUCAACUUGAGAUUGGUAACCCCAUGAACCCCAUCAAGGAGUAUACACUACUCCUCACUCUCAUGGGCCAUGGCGCAGCAGUGAAUGCAAUCCAAAUGCAUCAAGGACAAAUAGUGUCAGCGUCAGGAGACCGUACCAUAAAAGCGUGGGACAUUAACACUGGCACAUGCACAAGGACGUUUACCGGCCAUACUAAAGGCAUUGCUUGUGUUCAGUACGACGGGCGCCGAAUUGUAAGUGGCAGCAGUGACAACACUGUUCGCAUCUUUGACGCGGCCACAUCUGCAGAGGUGGCCUGCCUUCCUGGCCACAGUAACUUGGUCCGUACUGUACAAGCGCGUUUCGGUGACAUGGGCGUCUCAUCAGAGGAACUUGAGGCUGAUGCACGCGCUGUGGAUGACAAGUUCCAUGAUGCACGCAUGAAUGGUCUAAAUCCUGACCAGAACAGAGCUCGUGGUCAGCGCAACGCUGGCUCGAGCAAUCCCAGCGAAGUGUGUGCUGUGGGCGCGAAGAUUCCACCAGGCGGCGGUGGCAAUGCUUGGAGUCGCAUUGUGUCAGGCUCUUACGAUGAGACGGUCAUCAUCUGGAAGAAAGACUCUGACGGCAAGUGGGUUCCCAGCAGGAGGUUAAGACAAGACGAGAUUUUGUCGAAUCGCAGAAGAUCUCGUGUCCAACCUGCAGCAGUCGCAGCAGCAGUUCUUCAGCCUACGGCGACACAGCGAGAUCGCGACAAUGCAAAUCCUGCGGAAGGUGUGGAUCUGUUCAGCGACACAUACGCGGCGACGUAUAUGGCUCAACUCGCUGCUCCCACUCCACCUGCACAGAACAUCGCUGGGCCGGCUACCCCUGGCCCAGCCACACAUCAUCACCAUCACGGCCACCAUGGAGCUGGACAUCAUGCGCGUCACGCGCAUCGCAACAGAGACGAGAGCAAUCGUGUCUUCAAGCUCCAAUUCGACAGUCGACGUAUCGUGUGUUGUUCGCAAAACAGAGUGAUCGUGGGUUGGGACUUUGCUGCUGGUGACGCUGAUCUUGAACAGGCGAGUCGCUUCUUUGGAGAGACUGAUUAG